CAUCAUCUCCCACGGCCAAGGAAAGCCGUGAUCCUGCUGGUCCGAUCAAGGAAGCAGAAGAAGAACUCGAUGUUCAGAUAGAGUUAUUAAUCCCAGCACAAUUUAAUGCGCUCUCGGCCGUCCAAUUCAAACCGGUGGAAUCGACUGAGCUUCCCACGCCUGAUGCACUGCGC